GACAUCAUAGCCGGUUUAACGCUGGCACUCACCGUCAUUCCGCAAUCUAUGGCCUAUGCCAAAAUUGCUGAGUUGCCGACGCAAUACGGCCUGUACACCUCCUUCGUAUGCUAUUUUGUGUACUGCUUGCUGGGGACAGCACGUGACGUCAACCUUGGUCCGACAGCUGUCCUGUCGCUGCUGACAGCUGAGUUCACUCACCAAAUUCCACAACUGGCCUCCCUGCUGGCGCUGGUCUGCGGCGUCGUCCAGCUGAUCAUGGGACUGCUUAACAUCGGUUUCGUCAUGGAGUUCAUCUCCCACACCAUCAUCAACAGUUUCACCACUGCCGCCGCGUUAGCUAUAAUGUUCAGUCAGAUAAAGAAAUGGCUGGGAUUGAAAAACGUACCAAGAGAGUUUAUUAAGCAGUUGUAUUGGACGGUUAUGAAGAUUCCCGAAGCACAAUGGUACGACUGCUCACUUGGUUUCGUCUGCAUGGUCUUCCUUUACCUUCUCAAGGCUAGCAUGCAUAUUUAUCCGUUAAUCAAAUCAUUAAUAAUAAAUAAUAUAAUAAUAAUAAUAAUGUUAAUAAUAAUCCUACCUACCUUAGCUCGAAACGCGCUGACAAUAUCUAUCGCCUCAAGUCUGGCGGCCAUUUUGUUGAGAUAUGACCUACAGCCAUUCACCUUGACGGGCAACAUAACAUCGGGUAUUCCGACUUUUGGACCCCCUUCGUUCGCCGUGCACAUCCCUGAAACGAACACCACCCUGACUGUCUCUGAGACAUUCCAGAAAUUAGGGAUAGGGUCUGUCAUAACACCGCUGGUUGGUCUUAUUGAAAUCGUCGCAAUUGGGAAAGCAUUUGCAAAGAAGAACAAGUAUAGGAUAGAUUCAAAUCAGGAGUUCCUGGCCUCAGGAACGGCCAAUUUGAUUGGCUCCUUUGUACAGGCCUAUCCGGUUACUGGCAGUUUCUCGAGGAGUGCAGUUGCUUCCCAAAGUGGAAUAAGAACUCCCGCUGCUAACGUCAUUACCGGCAUCCUAGUCCUACUAUCUCUUCAAUUUUUAACCCCAAUGUUCUAUUACAUCCCUACUUCCGGUCUGGCGGCGGUCAUCAUCAUGGCCGUCCUUGACCUCAUCGACUUUUCACUAAUCAAGCAACUCUGGAUUAUCAACAGUCAGUGUUUGACAUUGUGUGUGUGCGUGUGUCGUGUAUGUUACGGCAUCCUCAUAGGUGUCGCCGUCUCCCUACUCUUUCUACUGUACCCUUGGGCUAAACCUAAAAUUGAGGUU